AUGAACCUGCGAGGCGUUGUUGAGAUGGAUCUGUCGCAGAACAGCUUGUCUGGUGAAAUUCCAAGCUUCUUCGAGUCAUUCAGCUCUUUGCAGCUUCUGAAUCUGUCCUUCAACAACUUUCAAGGGCCAGUACCUACAACUGGUGUGUUUGGCAAUUCAAGUCUGGUGCUCAUCCAAGGAAACAAAAAUCUGUGCACAAAUUCUCAAAUGCUGCAACUACAACCUUGUAUUAAGUCCACAUUCAAAAGAAAAAGGAGUUCAUAUGUUCUAAUGGUGGUGGUCCCUAUUGUUACCAUUGUUCUAGUCUCACUCAUAUGUGUCAUAGCCAUUGUACACAGAAAGCGGGAAGCAACUAAACAACCAAUCAACCAGCAGUCCGAGGGGUGGAAAAGAUUUUCAUAUCAUGAUCUAUACAAGGCAACAGGUGGUUUCUCUUCUAUUAACCUGGUUGGAGAGCGAGGGUGUGGAUCUGUCUAUAGAGGUACAUUCUUGGCUGAACCCCGCAUAGCUGCAGUCAAGGUGUUCAGGCUUGAUCAAGAUGGAGCAUCAAAAAGUUUCAUUGCUGAGUGUGAGGCCCUGAAAAACACACGCCAUCGAAAUCUCGUAAGGGCGAUAAGCAUGUGUUCUACAUUUGAUCCAUCAGGAAAUGAGUUCAAAGCUCUAGUUCUUGAGCACAUGUCAAAUGGUAGCCUAGAAAGUUGGCUUCAUCCAGUAACAGAAAAUCAUGGCUCAAAAAGGCCACUGAAUCUUGGGUUAAGGAUAAGAAUUGCGACGGAUAUAGCUGCUGCCUUGGACUAUCUCCAUAACAGAUGCAUGCCUCCUUUGAUCCAUUGUGAUCUAAAGCCAAGCAAUGUCCUUUUGGACGAUGACAUGUGUGCUCGUGUUGGUGACUUUGGAUUAGCAAAGUUUCUUUAUGACCAUCCAUCCAAAAGCUUGAUAGGGGCAAGAGGAUCAAUUGGAUACAUUGCACCAGAGUAUGGCAUGGGUAGCAACAUGUCUACUGAGGGGGAUGUCUACAGCUAUGGAAUUAUUCUGCUAGAAAUGCUGAUGGGAAAGAACCCAACAGAUGAGAUGUUUAAGGAUGGACAUGGUCUCCACAAGUUUGUGGAACUGGCAUUUCCUCACAAGAUUGGUGAUAUUCUAGAGCCCAAUUUUAUUCCACAAUACCAGGACGAACACACAAGUAAACCUUCAGGCAAUGGGACACAUGUAAUGGUCGACGUGCAAGAAUGUACAAUGCAACUGGUGAAACUAGGUCUGAAAUGCUCUGUGGAUUCACCAAAAGACCGACCAACUAUGCAAGAAGUUUAUACUGAAGUCAUGUCAAUCAAAGAAACAUUUUUAGGACUACAUGAGCGAAUAAAUGAAAUAUCUGUAAUUCCUUUGUUCGAAUAA